AUGCGAAGAAAAUUCCGCGGGUCUCGCAUCCUGGGAUUAAUCGUAUGUGUUGCAGUGGCUGGAGUGGUCUUUUCAUGGAGUGCCUUGAAGUGGACAAUAGUACCCUCACACCACAACUGGUUGUUUGGUCCAUCCUCAUCCCCCUCAUCCUCCCCCGCAUCCGAUGCCAGCCUUUCGUUAGCAGCAGCACCACACAGGACCCUUCUCUCCAGUGAUCCCCAUGCCAAUGCCACAGCUUCCCCAGACGACCACCCGAUUGCCAUGCGGUCAUCAGACGAGGGGGGAGAUUAUCCUACGGACUUGUUCAGCCUGGAGGAAAGGAGGCAAGGCUGGGUGGUGCUGCACAUGUUUGGAAUGUUGUACAUGUUCAUCUCCUUAGCCAUUGUAUGUGACGAAUUCUUUGUGCCAGCAUUGACUGUCAUCACGGAGAAGCUGGAGAUCUCUGACGACGUGGCCGGAGCCACCUUCAUGGCAGCUGGUGGAUCGGCCCCAGAGCUCUUCACCUCUGUUAUUGGAGUAUUCGUCUCCCAUAGCAAUGUAGGCAUCGGCACCAUUGUGGGCUCGGCUGUCUUCAACAUCCUGUUUGUCAUCGGGAUGUGUGCCCUUUUCUCCAGGGAGGUCCUCCACCUCACAUGGUGGCCGCUCUUUCGGGAUGUGUCCUUUUACAUUCUAGGCCUGCUGAUGCUGAUCAUAUUCUUCCUGGAUAACUGGAUCUCCAUGUAUGAAAGCAUUGCCCUCCUUUCCUGCUAUAUAUCUUAUGUGACAUUUAUGAAGUUCAAUGUUCAGGUGGAAACUUUGGUGAAGGGCUGUCUGGGCCAGAACCAGGUGGAUGAGUUGGAAUCAGCGCCCAAGGCAAACUCAGAAAUGGAUGAGAACAAACUUUCGGCUAAACCACGUCUGCAGAGAGGAGGAAGCUCUGCAUCCUUGCACAACACCAUGAUGAGAAACAGCAUCUUCCAGCUCAUGAUUCACACACUGGACCCUCUCAGUGAAGGCAGGUUCCGCGAUAAAGCCUCAAUAAUGCACAAAAUAGCCAAGAAGAAAGGCGAAGGCGAAGAAGGUACAGAUAACAAUGUUGAAAACAGCACAAAUGUCGCCGUGGAGGUCACACCACCGAUGAAUGGCAGUGCAGUUGGAGCUGAGGAGGAGGACGAAGAGGAUGAGGACGUGCCCCUGAGUUUGGCAUGGCCAGAGACCAAUCGCAAGAGAGCGACAUACCUCUUCAUCUUACCCAUUAUCCUUCCUCUUUGGCUUACCCUGCCUGAUGUCAGGAGAGAUACCUCAAGGAAAUUCUUCCCCAUGGCAUUUAUUGGGUCAAUCUCCUGGAUUGCAGCAUUUUCUUACCUGAUGGUGUGGUGGGCUCAUCAGGUUGGAGAGACCAUUGGGAUUACAGAAGAGAUUAUGGGAUUGACCAUAUUAGCAGCUGGUACCUCAAUCCCUGACCUGAUCACCAGUGUCAUAGUGGCUCGCAAAGGUCUAGGAGACAUGGCUGUGUCAAGCUCUGUUGGGUCAAACAUAUUUGACAUCACAGUUGGGCUGCCGUUUCCUUGGUUGCUAUAUUCCCUGAUCAACGACUUCAAGUCAGUGUCCGUGAGCAGUGCCGGUUUGUUCUGUGCCAUCGUGCUGCUCUUCCUCAUGCUCCUGUUUGUCAUCAUCUCCAUUGCUGCCUGCAAGUGGAGGAUGAGCAAGCUCCUGGGGUUCCUCAUGUUCCUUCUCUACUUUGUCUUCCUCGUUGUAUCCGUCAUGCUGGAGGACAAAGUCAUCUCCUGCCCAGUGUCCAUCUGAGCAUGGCCGCCCUCCACUUUUCCUGACCAACCAACCAUGAGACUUGGUAUGGGCAUGCCGAUGCCCCGCUCUGACAUCCACAAGUCACUAGAGCAGACAUUUUCUAUUGUUGUGGAGACAACACUCCUCCCCCUUUUUUUAUGGGGUCAAUCACUCAGGAAAUCAAGAGCAUACAACAAACCUAGAGGAAACAUCAGAGUUGAUAUGAUUCACCUCUGAGUGAUGUAAAUAUACAUGCCCAUAUAUGGUUUGUAUCAAGUGAUACUGGUUAUACUGAUUUUUGUUCUUUUGGAGAUUAAUAUGGAAGAAAAAGUGACUGCUUGCCGACAGAGCAUACGGACAGUUUGUGGCUCUGUCAGACGAAAAUGCUGCUGUUUAUGUGACUGCGAUCAAAACCAAAAGCACAUGUAACGGAACUAUGAAAACCCACAUUUUGGAGACCACUUUGACAGUAACCCUGGAUGAAUGGGAGGACAAUCACAGGGUCACAAGGAGACCAAAUGGACAAUUGUCUGAGGAGAAUGGCUGAAUCCUUAGUCUUAGGAGACUUAGGAGACUGUUCUCAGAAUUUGCUUGCUAGCAAAGACAAUGAUACUGAAUGCAACGGAUCUAUGAAUAUGUAUUUACUGUCAGUUACAUGCGUGUUUUAAAAAAAAUCCUUUUUGAAGCCGGUAUGAUUCACUCCACAGAUGCUUAUUCAACCACAAGCCUUUUGUUGUGACAGUGAAUAUAAUAUAACAUAUAUAACAAUAUAACAAUAUAAAAUAAUUCCACCUUCAGUUUUGACAUUCAGUGCUCGCGUGGCGACUGCAUUUGCUUCAUGAAUGGGUCUGUGGUCAGUCACUUCGAUAUCUGUUUGCUCCCUUGCAGAUAAUAUUUGUUUGCUUACAAUUUUAAUAUCCAGUAAGUAAUCCCUGGAAACAAGCCAUGUAAAAAAAAUAGUUAUUGGGUUUGUAGCUAUAUCUAAGGAGGAUCUAAGGAUGCCUAGUGAUGGCACAAAGUCCAACAAAAUGACACAUAAAGGAAGCGUGCAGAUUGAAGCUUGUGCAUCAUUUCAUAAAUCGUUUGAUCAGCACACUGACUGCUUAUUUAUCACUUUUACAUGUAAUGGUGUAAUUAUGGGUUCUAGUACCACAUUUCAAAUGCAUUAUAUCACGCUAAAAUUAUGUGAUUUGAUAAAAAAAAGUAGUAUGUACAGUAUGCACAUUUAUAUAGAGAGUAUUUAUCAGUCUCAAGCAGUGUUCUCCAAACUGUCAUCACAGCUUGUAUCCCUAUUUAUUUAUAUAUGUAAUGGUGUGUAUAAUGUAUACAUUGGCCUGUGCAGUGCACUAUGCUCAUUUUCAGUGUGUUUGUGUCAAGUUCAGACUAUUUGAACGUGGCACAUAUGAACAUUCCAUUGUUUUUGGCAGGUCUUUUAUGUAAAGCAGCUGAGCUAUGAUUACAUUUACAGUCAAAUUCGGAGCAUUUUGUUGAUAAGGGGACGUAUAUUUCACCAUUUUUUAGGUUGUACAUAUGACUUGACAAAUACUGAAAAUAAACUGAACUCUAAAGACA